GAAGUGUUUGGGCAAGAGUAUUUGUUUGCUUAUACAGCCUACGAUACUGUCCAAACAGCAUGCAUUUUCUUAAAAGGGACAACAUUCAGCCUCCCAAUAGGUUGUAUGGGUGACGGAGAGAGCAAGAAUAGCGUCUCCUUUUUAGGUAAAGCAAAACAAACAAAAAUGCAUUGACAUUAUGUGUUUCGCGUGACCAAGGUAGCCUGGGUUAGCUUUUGCUGGGUGGAAAUAGUGAUCCGUCUAGCAGCUGUUUCAAUAUGUGGGCACGUCAUUACGCAUCAUGCAAGAACCCAUGUGAGUAUAGAUUUUUCUAGAGUUGCUAGGAAACCGUUAAUACUGAGUGCAGCAACCAAAAAAAGCCAUUCCACUGGAAACUAUUCCGAGAGAAGCCAGUAGGUGUCACCCGGGAACCGAGGCAGCCUGUACAAAAUGGUCACAUGACUUCGAAUGCUGGCUGAUCUGGGUAAGAUUCACCAUUAGACUUGUUUACUCGUCAGGCUGAUGUGUUCCUCCAGUUUAUCAGUGUAUUCCAUGGGCAACAGUACAAGCAGGCUUUACAGUGCUCUCGCAAAGACUUUGAGCAGUGAUGCUGUAUCCAAACAUCAGGAGUAUUUGGAGCAGACAGCAGACUCGGAACUCCUGGAUCCCAUAGAUCCCAAGGAUCUGCUUGAAGAAUGCCAAAUUGUUCUUCAGAAACGUCCUGCGCGACUCCAGAGAGACUUUGUGGACCUGAGGACCAACUCUACCAGAAAUGUCCGACCCAUUAGAGUCAUGCAGUGGAACAUACUAGCACAAGCUCUCGGGGAAGGCAAGGACAACUUUGUGCAAUGCCCCAUGGAAGCCCUGAGGUGGGAAGAAAGGAAAUGCCUCAUUCUAGAAGAGAUCCUUGCUUAUCAACCAGAUAUCUUGUGCCUACAGGAAGUGGAUCAUUACUUUGAUACUUUUCAGCCUUUACUCAGUCGGUUGGGCUACCAAUGUACUUUCUUCCCUAAACCAUGGUCUCCAUGCCUAGAUGUGGAACAUAACAAUGGGCCAGAUGGCUGUGCUUUGUUCUUCCUUAAAGACAGAUACACACUCAUCAACAGCACCAACAUCAGGUUGACUGCAAUGAAGUUGAAAACCAACCAAGUGGCCAUAGCUCAGAUCCUGAAGUGUAAGGAAACUGGCAAAAUGUUCUGCAUUGCUGUUACUCACUUGAAAGCUCGCAAUGGUUGGGAGCGAUUCAGGUCUGCACAAGGUGCUGAUCUUCUUGAGAAUCUGAAGCAGAUUACCCAAGAGGCAGAAAUCCCUCUCAUUGUCUGCGGUGAUUUCAACGCUGAGCCCACUGAAGAGGUGUAUAAAGAAUUCUCAAACUCCAGCCUGAACCUGAACAGCGCAUACAAGCUGCUGAGUACUGAUGGACUGUCAGAACCUCCAUAUACAACCUGGAAAAUCCGUCCCUCAGGAGAAUGCAGGCACACACUGGAUUAUAUCUGGUAUUCACAACAUGCCUUGAAGGUGAAUGCUGCCCUCAGUCUUCUGACUGAGGAGCAAAUUGGACCCAAUAGGCUACCAUCGUACAAUUACCCAUCAGACCACCUGUCUUUAGUAUGUGACUUCACCUUCAAUGAAGAUCCAGACAGGCUGUUAUAAUAAGGUGUAGUUAGAUGAGAAUUUCAUGUACUGUGCUUAUGAAGGCAGUGGCCUUUAAAAGUGAUCCCUGAAGACUUUGGGGAAGGGGGAUUAUUUAUGAAUGAUGAAGCAAUGGUUUAUUUUCAAAUUAUAAUCUUGAAAUAUGCUUUUUGUCAUUAACACCCUGCUGUGAGAGUAAAAAGUCAAGCAAAACAAAA